AUGGCCAGUGCCAGUGGUGACGGGAGCAGCGUGCCCUGGGUCGAGAAGUACAGGCCCGAGAGGAUCGAGGACGUGGCGCAGCAGGACGAGGUGUGCGCCGCGCUCAAGAACAGCCUGCAGACGGGGGAGCUCCCGAACCUCAUGUUCUACGGCCCGCCGGGCACGGGCAAGACCACGGUGGCGCUGGCGCUCAUGAAGCAGUUCUUCGGCAAGGACUGGAGGGCGCGGGUCAAGGAGCUCAACGCCUCCGACGACCGCGGCAUCCAGGCCGUCCGCGACAAGGUGAAGACCUUCGCCCAGCUGACCAUCGGCACCAGCGGUGCCGCCGACCUGGCCGCGUCGAAGGCCCGCUUCCGGGUGGUCAUCCUGGACGAGGCCGAUUCGAUGACCCACGACGCCCAGGCCUCCCUUCGCAGGAUCAUGGAGGAGUUCGUUCACGUGACGCGCUUCAUCAUCAUCUGCAAUUACGUGUCCAAGAUCAUCGAGCCGUUGCACUCCAGGUGCUCGAAGUUCCGCUUCCAGCCAGUCAGCGGGGAGUACCAGAAGCACCGGCUGCUGCACAUCUGCGAGCAGGAGGGCGUUCGGCUCGGAGCUGGGGCGCUGGAGCGGCUGAUGCAGCUGUCGAAGGGCGACAUGCGGGCUGCCGUGAUGAUGCUCCAAACGUCCGCGACGUUCUACCAGGACGUCUCGGAGGACUGCCUUCAGGAGGUCGCCUGCGCGGUGCCCGACCGCGUCGUGGACGGCCUCGUCUCGAGGACGAGGGCGGCGUCUGGCACGGACGAGGUGGUGCGGAUCGUGCAGGAGUUCCUCCUCGAGGGGUCACGCGCUCGGGCGAGCGUCUGCUGGACAUCCUGUCGAGCGAUCCGCACAUGCCGGACCUCGCCAAGGCGAAGUGCGCGGCGCUCUUCUCGCAGGAGGGAGCGGACGAGCGCCUGA